AUGCAAAGCUCUGCCAUUACAUUAUUUAAUAUGAGCAUAAGCUCUGAAUUCGAGAUCAAGCUUAGUGACAGAAAAACUAACAUAGACGACAAGUCUAAUCAAUUAAGUAGCGAUGCGAAUCUAAAAACAAUAGAGCCUGCCCUUGAAUUUCACGAACUAAAUUGAAGAUUUACCAUAUGCAAAAUAUUAGACCACUGAGCCACUCAGACUUUUAUGAUAGUUAUAACUCUCUACGCUUUAUUUGGAGACGAUAUUCGUGUUUGUGCCACCUCAAAAAGUGCAGAUGACGCUUUUUAUAGCUUAACAACAGUUUGUCUGUUUUUCUUCACUUUGGAGAUUAUAUUAUCCUCACUUGCCAAAGAAGAGUAUUUUUUAGGUUUUUUCUUUUGGCUUGAUUUGAUUUCUACGCUUUCUUUAAUUAUUGAUAUUGGCUGGGUCUGAAAUGCAAUGGUUGAUAGCGGGUCUGGAGGAAGCAGUAAAGCUUCCAAAAUAGCCAACGCUGGACAAGCAUCAAGAGGAGCGGCUAGAGCUGCAAGAGUUAUAAGGGUUAUAAGAGUUAUUAGACUGAUUAGGAUUACCAAGCUAUAUAAAAUUGCUAAAGCUGCAAAAGAAGCUGCGAGAAAAAAUAAGCCACUUUUAAGGAGAACUAAUAUAAAGUAUAGGGGAGAAGAAGCGAUACACUUGCCUAGGAUGCAAAAUAAAUUUUUUGAAGAUAUCGAUGAAGGCAGUGAAGCCUCAGUUUCUCAAUCAUUUACUUCUAAUCUAGAAGACCAUGGGAGCUUGGGAAAUGAUAGAAAAAAUUCUAUAGGCGAUUCUUCAAAUCAUGUAUUUUCUGAUACAGAAAGCUUGCCUGAAGAAAUUGAAAUACAAUUUACAGCUUAAUUUGGCCCCGAAAUAGCAAAAGUUAGUUUUAUUUAUAAAUAAUCAAACAAUAAUAUGCUUAUAAAUAUUUGCAUAAAAUUCAUUAUAGCGCAAUAUACCUCAAGAAAGCAAUGUUGGAAAAACAUUAAAUGAUAAUACUACAAAAAGAGUCAUUGUGCUUGUUAUUGCAGUAAUGGUUGGACUGCCCAUAUUUUACCCUACUCUAUAUAUUGAUAGCAAUACUUCAUACACUUAUGGACUUGAGGUCAUAGACUCAGUUAUUGAUAGUGAUGAUUCGUUUAUUGUAGCUUGAAAUAAUUUUAUUAAAAAACACAAAAAAUUAUACUCGCCACUUAUAUACCUUUAUGUAAAAAAUAAAAAUACAUGAGAAACAAGUACAGAUCAAGAUGAUUUGAGGGACACAGAAAAAACAUAUGCAUAUCUUGAAAAUAAAAGCUCUGAUUAUUAUUAUGCAAGUUAUGCAGUAUACCAGAAUAAAUGAAUGUGAUGAUUUUAGUAUCUAGUUUUUAGUCUUUAUUGAAUUUUGCAGAAUUAUUGAUAGAAAAUCAAGAAAUGUGCAGAGAUUCUGCUUUACAGCUUUAAAAAUAGAACUAUUUAAUAUUAGCCUAAUAUUUCAAAUAUAUGUUCCUAUUUUUUAGAACAAAGCCUUCUUACUAGCAGACAGCACGAAAAUUUUUACUCUAUAAAAAAGAGCAUAUAUAAAACUUAUUCAGCCUAGUAAGUAUAUUCGAUAUAAGAAAAACUGUGAGGCUUGAAGCCGGGCUAAAUAUUAUUCGAACAGUUUUCAUAUGUAUUCUUUUAUCAGCUGCUACAAUGAUGCUUACAAACGAUGCUCAAAAAAUGGUAUUAAACCCUCUUGAAAAUAUGAUUAAAAAAAUACAAGAUAUUGCAAAAAACCCACUUCAAGCAGCUCAAAAAGAAGAAAAAAAAGAAGUUCUCAAAAUUUUAACAUCAAAAGAAAAACUUAAAAAAGCACAAGAGCCAAUGGAAACUGCGUUUCUCGAGCAAACUGUCACUAAAAUAGGUGCGCUUCUUGCACUAGGCUUCGGUGAGGCUGGAUCUGAAAUUAUUGCAACCAACAUCCAAAAAGGUGGGGGUGAAGUAAAUCCUAUGAUUGACGGAAAGCGAACAAUUUGCAUAUAUCCCUCAAUAUUAAUUAGCAUCUAUAUGGAAAAAAUCAAAUUAAUAAUUUUAUUAACCCCAUACCACUCUAAUAUAUUUCUAUAGAGAGGUCACUUAAGAUGGAAAAAUGAAGAAUCUUCGCGUGUAUCGUGGAAAGAAAAAGCCAGAGAAAGCAUCUCUGAAAUGGUACCUAAUAAACUUUAAAUCUAAGUCAAAAAAGUGUGAUUCAGUAAAAAUAAUCUAAUUUGAUUACCUAAAGACAUUAAUUUUCUUGAUUCGUACACAAGAAGAUAAAUGUUGCUCUUCGUUACUUACUCCCUCCUCCGUGAGCGAACAAAGCCAUUGUAAAAAUCCCGAUUUUUUACCCAAAAGCCCACCCUCCGUGAGCGAACAAAAAUUUUUUAUGAAAAAAUAAUUUUUCUAACUCCCCCCCAAAUCCUUAUCGAACGGCUCUCCAUCGUUCAAUCGAGGAUGGGGUUAAAAAAAAAUAUAUAUAUUUUUAUUUACUUUUAAAUAAGAGGGUUAAGAGUAUUCAAUAAUUAGUUUUGCAGCAAAACAUUUAAUUAAUUUCAUAAAAAUACCAAUUUUUAAUAUUUUGAUUUAUUGGUUACCUCUUUAAACUGUAUAAAUUUUAAUUUGCUCCUUACUCCCCCCCCCCCCUCCGUGAGCGAACAAAACCAUUAGAAAAAUCGCUAUUUUUUGACCAAAAACCCACCCUCCGUGAGUGAACAAAAAUUUUUUUAAUAGAAAAAAUUUUAAUGGAAAAAAAAUUUUGAUAUAUAAGUGAUAAUUAGUAUAAUGAAAUCUAGAGCUAAUUCUGUUUAAUUUUAAACAAAUUGCGUUUUAAAACAUAAAUUUUGCAAAUUAAAUUAAUAUUUGCUUCCCAAUUUUUGCAAAUUUAGAUUUUUUUAAAUUUCGAAAAAAAUAUUUUUUAUAAAAUUUAUAUAUAAAAUUUUUUAAAAAAAAAAAAUUAACCCCCCUCCGUGAGCGAACAAAAAUUUUUUUGUUCGCUCACGGAGGGGGGGGGGGGGAGUUAUUAAAUUAAAUUGUUUUUUUUUAAAGUUUUAAAGAAUCUCUGGUUUUUAGAUUAUUGAGUUUUUAAGCCUAGGCUGAUGACUAAAUCACUUCGGAUGGUUGAUUCCAUAGCUUUCUGUCAUCUCAAAGUCUCUGAAACAACUUCAUUAGGUGCAUCUUCCCAAGCUUUUGAUAACUAAUAUAUUUUUAUAUAUAUAAAAAAUUUGCAUGAUAUGAAAACAUUCGAUCAAGGAUGGGGGUUAAUUUCCCCAAUUUUUAGAAAUUUUUACAGUCAAUCGUUCGAUCAAGGAUGGGGGAGGAGUAAGUGAUAAUUAUUAUAAUGAAAUCUAUAGCUAAUUCUGCUUAAUUUUAAAUAGCUUGUAUUUUAAAACAUAAAUUUAAUAAAUUAAAUUAAUUGUUAUUUCUCAUUUUUUAUAAAUUUAGAAUUUUUUAAAUUUUGAAAAAAAAAAUUAACCCCCCUCCAUGAUCAAGCAAAAUUUUUUUGUUCUCUCAUGGAGGGGGAGUUAGAAAUUCUUGAAAGAAAUGAUGAAAUUAUUAAUAUUGACGAAUUUCAUAUCGAUGAUAGAUUGAUAAGUUAUGGUUGAAGAUAAAAAGGUCAAAUGUGCAUUUUAUUUAACAUACCUUUAACUGUUUUAUGUUGGAUUUAGUGAAGGAGUUAGAGAAUAGAGAUCAAUUUUAGAAAAAUAAAGUUAUAUUUUUGAAGAUUUGAGACUUCUGCCGUGUAUAAUUUGCUUCACAAACCACCCAGGGCUCAAACACACAAUUUGCUGUUCUCGGCCCAUGCAUUAAUUCUGCUGUCAUGACUCUAUCAGAACUUGCCCUCAUUAUCAUUCGCCUUAUUUCGGGCUGCAUAAUCAUUACUUCUAUGAAAAAAAAACAGUUUCGUACACGAAUUAAGAGAAUUAAUGCCUUGAGGUAAUCAAACUAGAUUAUUUUUUACGAAAUCAGACUUUUUUAUUUAUUUUUGACUUAGAUUUAAAGUUUAUUAGGCACCAUUUCAGAGAUGCUUUUCUCUGGCUUUUUCUUUCCACAAUACAUGCGAAGAGUCUUCAACCGUCCAUCUCAAGUGGCCCUCUAUAUAAAUCUAUUAGGGUGCUUGAGGUAUAAAACCCAUAACUAAAUUCAGAAAAAAAUAAAUUGGAUUGGCCCUUAAAAGUAUAUUUGGGUUUUGUGACAUAAGAAACUUUACCGAUGCAACAGAAGUGCUGCAAAACGAAGUCAUGGCAUUUGUCAAUGACGUUGCUCACAUUGUCCACAGUACUGUUGAUAAAUACUCUGGCACAGCUAAUAAAAAUAUCGGCGAUGCCUUUUUAUUGUGCUGGAAAUUUCCAGACGAUACUCUGGAAAAUAAUGCCUUGGAUUGUGGAAGAAGGGUUCUUGGCAGGAAUACUUUUAUUAAAGAAAUUGCUGACAUGGCAGUUAUUAGUUUUAUAAAAAUUAUCGCAGAAAUCAAUAAAAAUGGAAAAAUUUUGAAAUACAGGCAUCACCCUGAACUAAAUCACCGCAUGCCUGGAUAUUCAGUAAAAAUGGGGUUUGGGCUGCAUCAAGGUUGGGCUAUUGAAGGGGCUAUAGGAAGUGAAUUUAAAAUAGAUGCUUCUUAUUUGUCUCCAAAUGUCAAUAUGGCAUCUCGGCUUGAAGCUGCUACAAAACAAUUUGGAGUCCCAAUCCUUAUAAGUAACGCUUUAUAUGGAAUUUGUUCAAAUAUGACCAAAACAAAACUGAGAAAAAUCGACAGAGUUACAGUAAAAGGCAGCAAGGAGCCAAUCGAGCUUUAUACCUGCGAUCUAGAUCUUGAAGCCCUACAUCCUGUUCCAGAAGCUACAUUAAGCGAUGCAGACUCUAAACAAGCAAGAGUUCUAGCGAGAAUUGUUAGAGAUAAACUUAAAUCUCAAGCGAAAAGUGGAGAAUACCCUAUUCAUUUAUUAUGAAACGAUGAUAUUGAUCUAAAAAUGAUGAAAGAAAACAUAUCAAAAUCAUUUUUUGGAGAAUUUUCAAAAGCACUUGAUAAUUAUUUUGCUGGGAGGUGGGAAAAGGCAAUAGAAGGUUUCCACAAGGCUCAAAAAAUUAAAGGCUGUGAAGAUGGGCCAUGUGAAACUCUUUUGAAUUUCAUGAAAGAAGAAGGAAACCAUGCUCCAUCAGAUUGGCCUGGAUACAGAGAGCUCCAUGAUAAAUAA